AUGCAGAAUGUCACUGAACCCUCCACAUCUGAGUACUGGGAGCGGGCAGAUAUGACUGAUGAUGAAUCAAAGCUACAUACAGUCCACUACGAGUGUGUGUGUGAGGGCAUGUCCUGUGGGAAUGGAGAUCGUUGCCAAGGUCAGCAGUGUUUUGCUUCCCUGAGCAUUAAUGAUGGUGCUAAGGUUUACCAGAAAGGCUGCUUCCAAGUCUACGAACAAGGGAAAAUGACCUGCAAAACACCUCCAUCUCCUGACCAGGCUGUGGAGUGCUGCCAAGGAUACCUCUGCAACAUGAAUAUCACUGCACAGCUGCCUUCUUCUAAAGGACAAACCUAUCAAGGAGAAGCUGCAGGUUACAGCAUGGAAACACUAAUCAUUGUUAUACUGGCUCCUGUGAUAGUCUUGAUAGUUUUCUCUGCGGUGGCUGUGCUGAUCAUCCGGAGGAUCCAGAAGAGCCACAUGGAGAGGCUGAACUCCAGGGACGCGGAGUACGGGACGAUCGAGGGACUCAUUGCAUCCAACGUGGGGGACAGCACCUUGGCCGACUUACUGGACCAUUCCUGCACGUCGGGCAGUGGUUCUGGACUCCCUUUCCUGGUGCAGAGGACAGUGGCUCGGCAGAUCACGCUUGUGGAGUGUGUGGGAAAGGGACGUUAUGGAGAAGUUUGGAGGGGUCAGUGGCAAGGAGAAAAUGUUGCUGUGAAGAUCUUCUCUUCUAGAGAUGAAAAAUCUUGGUUCAGGGAAACCGAAUUGUACAACACUGUAUUGCUGCGGCAUGAAAAUAUUUUAGGUUUUAUUGCAUCUGAUAUGACUUCCAGAAACUCCAGUACCCAGUUGUGGUUAAUUACCCACUACCACGAGAUGGGGUCUCUGUAUGACUACCUGCAGCUCACCACCCUGGACACCGUCAGCUGCCUGCGCAUCGUCCUGUCCAUAGCCAGUGGUCUUGCACAUUUGCACAUUGAGAUCUUUGGAACCCAAGGGAAACCUGCCAUUUCUCACAGGGACCUGAAGAGCAAAAACAUCCUCGUGAAGAAAAAUGGACAGUGCUGCAUAGCAGAUCUGGGCCUUGCAGUUAUGCACUCCCAAAGCACGAACCAGCUGGACGUGGGGAACAAUCCCCGGGUGGGCACCAAGCGCUACAUGGCUCCAGAGGUCCUGGACGAGACCAUCCAGGCAGACUGCUUCGACUCCUACAAGAGGGUCGACAUCUGGGCCUUUGGGCUGGUCCUCUGGGAGGUAGCUAGGCGCAUGGUUAGCAACGGUAUUGUGGAGGACUACAAGCCACCGUUCUAUGACUUGGUUCCCAACGAUCCCAGCUUUGAAGACAUGAGGAAGGUGGUCUGUGUAGAUCAGCAAAGGCCGAACAUUCCCAACAGAUGGUUCUCAGACCCUACGUUAACAUCUCUUGCCAAGCUGAUGAAAGAAUGUUGGUAUCAAAACCCAUCGGCGAGACUAACAGCCCUGCGAAUCAAAAAGACUUUGACCAAAAUUGAUAAUUCCUUAGAUAAACUGAAAGCUGACUGUUGACCCUCUUCUCGUGGUGCUCUCCUGGUGGAAGGCGUUUGCCUGGCUCCGGAGCGGCCCGGCCGGACGGUUUCUGGGACUGGUCCCCUCGUGGCCACCUGAGGAGGCAGC